UCUUAAUAGUGGAAUCGAGCGCGCGCCCGUCGACGAUUGUUCGGUUGCAUUUCCGAAGCGCAUCAACAUGUAAAUGGCCGUCUACGAAAGACGUCAUUGAGACCCGCGCAUGCGUGGCCGCUAUCGCUGGCGGUAUGGUAGUAGCAUAAUCGUGCAGCGAGUUCGCGGGAGACUGGCCCGCGAAUAGAUUUCCUACACGACCGAUGGAUACGACCGUCCAGGGAGGAGAGGUCGGUCUCCAGAACACAGCGGGCGAACGCGACGACUGCACGGCCGCGCACGGACCGGUCGGAUCCCUGCAUUUCAGCCAGGUAGAUUGUCAAGUAGCUCCCGCUGAAUGUAGCGUAUCCUCCGAGAAGAAAUCGUACCGAACGCGAAGACGAAAGAUCGGAGGACCGGAAGCGCAGCGUCGAAGAUGGCGAACACGAGCGCGCUGCCGAGAAGCUCGGCCGGGCUCUGCCCGCCGAACGAUUUCGACGGCAUCAUCGGGAGGAUCGACAGCCUGCGGCUGUCCUGCGAAACCAGCCCGAAGAUCGCGGAUCGCGAUGAGCCGGCGGAUCGCAAGAAGAAAUGGAAUAUAUCGUUGGACAACGAGAACAACGACGAGAAAAAGGAUCCGGACGACAACGGGAACGAGGAGGACGCGGAUCGCACGGAUCAGUUGAUCGCACGUGGACCGAUGAAGUCGCAGUUCCUCUCGGGGAUCAGGGACAGGCCUUACGACUGGUCGACGGACAGACAGCCGAAUCUGCAAGCGCCGAGGUCGAACGAAGCGUAUCUUUUCGAUUACGAGGAGACCGCGGUGCAGAUCCUUCGGGACAAGGAGUCCUGCGAGCGGCUGAACGCGUGUCUCGAUCAGCUGCAGACCAACGCGAGGACGAUCCUGGACCACUUCAGCGUAGACGGGAUCGAGAGAUCGUCGGCGAUCCAAGACGCGAACGCAGACUUCGCGUUCGAGUCGGCUUGCGAGGACGACGACACCGCGUUGCUGGAGAAGCUGUUGCGCGGCGACUUCCAAUCGGCGCAAUGCUAUCCGAGCGGUAGCCCAAUGACGACGACCAGCGUCGCGACGCCCAGCCAGGACUCGCCGCUGGUCUCGGGCUCGGAGAGCAGGGACUCGAAUUGCACGUCCAGCACGGAGUAUCCUUGGACGCAGAAGCGAUUGAAUCAGGCCCAAAGUCCGCUAGGGUCUCCCAGGAUCGUUCCUGUUAAGACCUACGCGCAUUCGCAGCUGACCCAGGAUCUACCAAACUCUUGCUGCUCCCUGUCGCCCUGCUCUACCUCCCCCUCGUUCUCCUCCUCGUCGAACCAGUCGUACGGGGACCCGUGCAGCCCCAUCGGCUAUCGGUUCGUCAACGGAAUCCUCGGCUCCAGGGUCGAGGAGAGAUUCAACGAGGAUCUGGACAACUUCUCCUUCUGGAACGACAGCUUCAAGGCUUUCGAGAAGAACGGCAACUGUGCAGAGACCGUGCAGCCGGCCGAGGACUCGUCCAACGUCGACACGAUCGACAACAACGAGCUCCAGCUGGUCGAGGAAGUCCUGCGGGACCUCGGCGAGAACAAGGAACGGGAGAUCGUGGAGCAGCCCGCUCACCGUCGCCCGGCCAGGCCCGACAAGAUCCCCAACGCGUCGACCAACGCGAACUUCACCUCCUAUCGGAACAACUCGGACGUCUCCAGGAUCUCCUACGAAACCUCUCCGAGCUGCAAUCCUAUAUUCGACUACAGGAUACCUAAUAUCGGGAGCUCGAUGACCAGGGACUACGACGCCAUCGUUCCGAAUGCACCACCGGCACGCAACGACGCCGCCGACGGCUACCGAUUCACGGAACCAGCGCUACCCUCUUUUAUCGCACAGCCCUUGGUCACCGGUUCGUCCGCCGCUCGCCCCGUCGCGAACGGCUUGAACAACGUCGGCGACAUCGAGUCGCAGCUUCUUCUCACGGAGCGUCGUCGGAAGCAAAGCGUCGGCGAGUUUCGGACGCCUAAAUACACGAACGACGGGGACGAUCUUCACACACCGAAAUCGGUCGCCAACUUCGAGAGCACGCCGAGAUCUUACGUACGACGGAAUUCCGAUCGUAACAUCAUACCCUGGCCGUUGCUGAAGCUGCCGUCCGUAAAGGCGAGCGAAAGGCUAAAGAACGCUGUGGAACCGGCGGAAGUGGAACGCGCUAUGGAGAAGUUGCUGAAGCUGCCCCCGGAGGAUCUCGCGAAACAAGACUCGGACGGCUACACGAUGCUGAUGUGCCUGGUGUCGAAUCCGGCCAAUCUCGUGAAGAAGAUAGCCUUCUUGGCGCCGCUGGUCGAGCGCACCCCGAGAGACGUGCUCACCCACAGCAACAAUCGCGGGGAGGACGCGCUAUAUCUGGCAGCUUUGAACUGUCCGCAGUACUCCUACGUCGCCGGAUACCUGGCCGCCACGAUGUUGCAGAAGUCCAUCGACGUCAGCCAGCAAUUGUACAACACACGCGGUAACACGCUGGUUCACCUGGUAGCGGGACAAGGAGACUCCCACGCGGAGAUCAUGGCCGAGCUGCUGGCAUUGAGGACGGUCCAAGGGAACAGGGUGUUUGAUCUGUCGAAGCGAAACUACGAUGGGAAAACGGCCCUCCACGUGGCCAUCGAGUCCCACGAGCCCGUGACGAAGAAGGUCUCGUCCGUGGCGACGGUGAAGUUGUUGCUGAAGUGCGGAGCCGAUCCCAGAGUGAAAGAGAGAAAAUGCGGCGACAGCGCGCUCCACAUGGCUAUCUCUUUGACCUCGGAUCCUACGUUGGUCAAGGUGUUGUUGGACGAGUAUGCCGCCGAUUUAGUGAACGCAGUUAAUUAUAAUCACGACACCCCGCUGCACGCCGCGGCCACGGUCUCGAGCAACGUUCCCGUGGAGAAACAAAGGGAGCUGUUCUGGCUGUUGAUCCAGGCCGGCGGCCAGACGAACCUGUCGAAUCGGCAGGGAAAAGUGCCGCUGGCGCUCGUCUCGCCGGAAAGGAAGAGCCUGAUCAAAAAAGUCAUUUACAAACGGUCGUGAGACGACGCCCGAUAAAACCGUGAUAAGCGUCGCAACUGUACAGUAAUGGUACUCGAUCCCCACCUGAAUGUCCCGUCGAACGGACACGGUGUCCGUUCGACGGGAACGGAACGAAAGUGCAAAUUAGCGAUCCGUAUCUUCGAUCGCGUAACGUAGGAUUAAGCAAGAUACAAUAAUAAAUAUUUGUUUACAAGCACGGA